AUGUUAAAUAAAAAUGGUUGCCCAGAAUGCAAGCUCAAGGAAAAUAAAUACUUCUCCAAGCUGGGUGCCCCAAUUUAUCAGUGCAUGGGCUGCUGCUUCUCCAGAGCAUAUCCCACACCAGCAAGGUCCAAGAAGACAAUGUUGGUUCCAAAAAACAUAACUUCAGAGGCCACAUGCUGUGUGGCCAAAGCAUUUACCAAGGCCACAGUAAUGGGAAACGCCAAAGUGGAGAACCACACGGAGUGCCACUGCAGUACUUGUUAUUAUCACAAAUCUUAAAUAUUUUGCAAAGUACCAUGUCGAUGACUGCUGAUUUCCUGGAAUGGAAAAUUAAGUUGUUCGGUGUUUAUGGCCUUGAGAGAUAAAAGCCUCCUUUUCUUUACCAUACCAUUCUGACACGCUUCAAAGAGAUACUGCAGCUUUAUUGCCUUUUUCCUCAUCCUACAGUGCAAUCAGUAGUCUAUCGCUUUUCAUUUGGAAUGAAAUACAGCAUUUAGCCAGUUCCACUGCAAAUAAAGCCUUUUAAAUCAUCAUUCAA